GAAAGAAUGGCUACACUGCCAACAGGGCACCUUCGAUCGAUGGGCUGCUGUCAACAAAACCUUUAUAAAAUAUUUAUUAAAUAAAUUCUUUAUAAGACGCAGUCAUUCCUCUACGAUAAGUUUAGCUCUUUCCACGUGCAUGUCACAAUAUUGUACAUCAGUGAAGUAUACAAGAUCUGGAGCGAUAGUGAAAGUGAAUUGCAUAGUUUGAUUCAAUUCCAUGAUAGUGACGGGGCUGUCGGACACAGCUGUAGCAUAUGUGAGCGGAGCUUGUGCAAAUGUUAUGUAAGCACUGGUAGCGCGCGGCAUGUCUUGGAUGAAGCGGCCUCAGGGUGGCACGGCACCGCCGCCGGGCCCCGAGCGACAGUCCUACGCCGCACCCCAGGUACAGGCAUUUGGGAACCAGCAGAACAUGUACCCAAAUUAUCAAGCAGGUACAGCUACAGGCAAUGUUCAACCACAGCAAUUCUGGCAGAUGCCACCCCAGCAACAGGGCCAGUAUGGUCAGCAAUUUGGACAAGUUUACCAACAGCAAGACUAUCCUCCCAAUGCUAACCAGUUUUAUCAGCAACCAGCUCCAAACCAGUUCAACCAGAACUACACCAGUCAAGGUUUUAAUAACACUCAAACCCAAAGUUACCAGCAAAAUUAUUACCCAACUGAAGGAGCCACACAACAGAACUUUCAACAAAAUAAGCCCAAUGCUGACAGUUGGGAAGACAAUUGGGACUGGGGAUGGGAGGAAUCAGCUAAACAAGCUCAGAAAGCCAGCCAGAAUGCUGGCCAGCAACCUGCACCUCCUCAACAGGCAGCCUUCAAUAAUGCUAAUGUUAUAGAAGAGAGUUUUGCUUCAACUGAUAGCUGGAAUUGGUCGAUGGAUGAAAAGAAAGAGUCAAAGACGCCUGUGUCUGUCCCUCACAACAAUGAAAAUAAGGAACCCUUCUCUCUUCCCACAAAGCCUGCAGCAAGUAGUAACUCUGAUUCUGAACCGGUAAAUAACAUGCCUCCCGCACAUACUGAGGAAGUUCGGAGCUUGAAUGAUAAAGAAGUGGUAAGGGAGCGUCUGCCUAAUCUAGCUUUAGGUAAACGCUUCCAUUUAGACAAUUUAACGCCGCAAUGGUCCAUAGAAUCCCAAAUGUCCCAAGAAUCAAGUGAUGGGCCUCACACUCACUCUGAAGGAACUUAUAGGAGUGAUAAUCAAUCUAGGAACUCUAGUAAAAGCAGUCCAGGGUUAAAUACAGACAACUCUAAUUUUAAUUAUUCUCAAGUGGGCCUUGAUGAAAGUUUCCCUCAGAACAAUGAAUGGUCAAGACCAACAGAUGAACCCCCCACUGACCAUGUUCAAAGUAACAGCAGACGUGAAAGUCAUGAUGAGCUAUCUGCGUCUCUGCAAGAACUGAAUUUGAACAACCAUAAAAAACCAUCAACAGAUACAUUACACCAGAGCCAUAACGAUGAUUCUAUAAGCAGUCAUGAUUUAGGUCCUGCAACACAUCCCCUCCCAGCUGUGUCUCCACUCAGUUUUCCAAGUCCUAUUGCAUCUAAUGUGGUUCCACCUGUUACCAACAUGCCUCCUCCACCACCAGUUACAUCUACAUCAUUACCUUCAAGUGUAUCCUCCUCUUCUACACUACCAGCUGCUUCUUCUUCCUCAGCAAUACCUCCUCCAAAUUACCCACCACCUACAUCAAAUCAAAAUCCUUUCAAAAUGAAUGCAGGCCCAUUCUCUCACAAAACAAUAGCUAAAGUGUCAACUAGUGCUACAAGUGCACAGGCAUUCCCUGCACCUAGUGCGACUCUGGCAUCUCCUGCAGUUGUUAGCAAAGUGUCUCAGCACAACAGAGUGUCACAGGGUUUUGAAGCAAACCUAGAAACUACACCAGAUAAUUCAGAACGACCAGACCAGCCCCAAAUAUCAGCGUUUCGACCAUUGCCUGUCUCGCAACAGGUACCCGAUAAUAUGGAGAUAGCCCCACAAAAUGAUAGAAACGAAUAUCUACAAACAGCACAUUUGUCAAGCAGUGAUUAUGAAGGAAAUACAGACUUUAGUAGAGGCCCGCCUCCGCCUGGGUUGCGACGAAUGGUAGUAGGUCAACAACAAUCGGAAUAUAAUCAAAAUUUGAAUAUUUCCGGAGAUGAACCUCCACCUGGCUUGGCUAGAAUGGUCCCAGGUCAACAGACCGAAUCUGUAAAUACAUACAAUCAAGCCGGAGAAAAUUAUUUGGACCGUCAUAUUGACGGACAGCCAACUGAAAAUAGCGCCCGUCCUUACCGCCAGGCUGAUGGCCAACAAACACCAGACAAUUACACACAGGCGCCGCCAGCCAGGGCCGCAGAGAGACGACCUAUAGGGCUUGACAGAAUGGUUCCAGGCGAACCAAGCAACGAUGAGUACCCGCAAUAUCCGACUUCCAACUAUGCUGGCACGAACGAACAUCGCGUGGUCACAGGUCUGGACCACGACUUCUCUAUGCCGACUGACGCCGGGCCACCAGAUGUGAGGGAACAAAAUGUCGACGGUUCUGAUUAUACUGAACAUAGUUCCAGGAAUCCACAGAGGAACAUAAUAGGUGCUAGGGAGUCCAGUAACGACGUCUCUCCGGAUUUCAGCGCACCACCAGAUGAUCAGCAGAGAGAAGUCACUAUGGAGGGUGAAAACCUGCAAGAUUUGAGCAUAAUUUCUUCAACAGAGCUAACAUACUCCCGAGAACAAGUAUUGGAUGGUGCUGAUAUUACACUCGCAGAUAUCCCUACUGACAGAAAGACUGAUUUAUCAGAUUCUAUAGACCACCCUACGACAAGUUCUAGGCGCCAAUCUCUAAAUAGAGUUAACACUUCGGGGGAAGACUCCGAAAGAGAUAGAGCAUUCAAAUCAUCGCCAAGAAGAGACAGAGACAAGCAUAAGUCGACCAGAGAUAGAGAUUCGAAGCGGGACAGAGACCGCGAUCGAGAGAGAGAGAGGGAACGAGACAGAGAACGUGACAAAGACGGCAGGUACUCUCGCGGCGACCGAAAGUACGAGCCUGACAGGAGAUCCGGCAGGGAGGAGCGCCGCGAGCGAGACGCCUACCCGCGCGAGCGACGCGACCGCGACAGCCCGGACGCGCGCCGCCACCGCCGCACGCGCGCGCCGCGCUACGAGACCGAGGACACGGACUACUACAGCGACCGGGAGAGAGAUCGAAGGCGCCAUCGCGAGGGCUCGUACACCUCUUCCAAACCGCCCCGUCCGGAAGACAAAGAGCGGCGGUACGUUGAGGAGCGAGACCGCAACAAACGGUACCACACGAUAGAACGAGACAGACGAUAUGAGGACGACCGCGAGAGGCGCGAGCGGCGGCGCGGCGACCGCUACCGCGACCGCUACGAGCGCGCCUACCGCGACAUCGACCCCUCGCGCAAGCACGGCAAUCUGCGCGCGCAGCGCGACGAGGACGCUAGGAGAGUUGUGACAUUCUCGAGCGAUGCAAAAACUAAUGAUAGUUGUUUGGGACAAGGCGAGCUGUCGGCGGCGUCGCGGCCGGAGUCGCGCGAGGCGCCCGCCACGGACGACGACUCGCACGAGGCGCGCCGCCGCGCACGCGCGCGCCGCACCGUCGAGCCCUUCUAUGACGAGUAUGGCAGCGGUAUGGGUGGCGGGUACGCGGACCCGUACCUGGUGCAGCGGCAGCAGUACCAGUACUACGAGCACCUGCGGCUCACCAACCCCGCCGCCUACAUGCAGGUAUACAAGCAGCUGAUGGCAGGCCACGCGCCGCCCGUGCCGUCCUACUUCACCCCGAUCACAGAGCUGGGCGGCGCGCCGUACGAGGAGCGGCGCGAGGACCGCGGCAGCGUGCACUCCGGCCGCUCCAGCGCCGCCGGCCUCAAGGGGAACGACACGGACCUGAACACGGACAUGUCGCUGAACUUGCACCUGGAGGAGUCGACCGUGCGGUCCGAGCGGAUGACGCCGUUCCGGUACUCCACGGCGCACAGCAAGGGCAGCGUGGCGUCGCGCGACGUGGUGCUGGUGGCGGCCGGGUACCCGGCGGACGGCGCGCCGGGCCCCGUGCGCGUGCUGUCGCUGGCGGCGGCGCUGCAGCGGCUGCCGGACGCGGCGGAGCUGGCCGCCUACCCCGGCCCUCUGCUCAAAGGCACAACGCACAAGAAGAGUGUAAUCGAAUACUGCAAGUUGCGCGCGCGCAGUGCGGCCCACGAGGGCGCGCGUGACGUCACGGGCUACGUGCUGCUGUGGGAGCUGCUGGCGCUCAUGCUGCGUCAGAACGGGGUGGUGGUAGGCUCAGACAUAGCGGAGCUGCUGAUGAAGAACACCCACGAGUACCCGGACACGGCAGCAACCAGCAGGCGCGGCUCCGGCGCCGAGCCCCGCGAGCCUCGACCCGAGCCCCGCGACUCCCGGUCCGAGCCCCGCGACGAGGACAACUACUCGCCCGACCAGCCCGCGCCCUCAAUGGACGACAUGAGUGAGUGCCUGACAUCCCUGCUUCAGUGCAAAUACUGA